AUGUGCAUAUAUGUUGAUAAACUGCCGUGUGCGUUACCUGGUUUUAGAAUUGUCGAAGGAAAAUACAUUAUGGAAGCGACCGCGGAGCCACGGACUUCACAGCCUCCUGGUCAUACCGCUACGCAUCAGUCUCGUGCUAUUCGUUGCGACAGACGAUUUCCUUGUUCGAACUGCCAAACAGCCAAUCUAUCAUGUCGAACUUUGAUUCGGCGGCCUGUGUUGGCUCAGGUGAGACCAAGCACCAGAAAUAACGAACACAUCAGAUUUAACCGGCUCGAGGAGCAGCUUUCCGAUAUUCAGCAGACUUUGUCAAUGCUGCAAAGCAGUCUAAUGGAGCUAAAAGUAUCUGAUCAUCUUUCCAAUUCAGCAGAAAUGAGAGAGAAACCCGACACCACGGGUAAAAAGCACACUGCAACAGUCAUAAAAGACGGCUCAAGCCUGCCGUCUCCAGAAAUGAUCGCCUAUGAAGGUGCAUCAUCUCUUAGUGUUCAGUCACACCUUGCAAGCGAGAUGUUUCGAGACCUAGUCAAAGGCAACCCUCUUAAUAGUUCGGCCCCUGAUAUCAGUAUGGAGUACUCGCAGCUCGACAAGGCUUUGAAUCGCAAUGACCCACAGUCACUUCUUUACGACAAAUCCUUUCCAGAGACAGAAACUCAACAGAAGUCUGAAGGGAAUACCGUAAUGCCCCCUUGA